GUCGGAGCAAAUCCAUAAACAAGACUAGCCCCAAAUUGAAGAAGAAGAAGAAGUAAAGGACGAGAAGCAACAAAUCCAAGAAGAAGAAUAAACACUGGAUGAGGUAUGUGUAAGCUGAAGGAAGCCAACAUCACGAGGACCAAAUCUGACACCAAACCCGCAUCCAAUGAAAUACCCACAAAACUACCUUGAAAGAUGGAGAAAUCGACGAACACAAAGUCCGCAUUCUUGCACUCUGAUGAAGACGAUGUCGUCAAGAGUUGUCUUCCUCUUCCUCUUCCUUCCUUUUGCUUUGAUUGGCUUUUGCUUUGUUUUUGGGGAAAUAAAAGGGGCCAUGUCAACAAAUCAAGGCCAUGUCAUAAAAAGAGUAGUUCACAUCAAACCAUGUCAGGUCUCACAUGCACCAAGUCAGAUCGCAAUUUGAAGCUGGCGAUCUUUAGCAAAGAUGAGUUUCUGCUUCCUGGGUCUUGCCUUUUCACUUUCAUUUCAUUUCAAAACUCAUCAGACGAGGCUUUGCCACUGAAUGAAUCCAUUGAGUUCCUUAAAUCACUUCAGUUGCAAGUUCAGGUAUGCUCUUCCUUGGAUUUUAUUUUAUGACUUUGUAAUGUAACCUAGAAAGAAAUUUUAGUUAACCUACCAAAAGAAGUUUGUUCUUAAAACAUUACAGAAGUUGUACACAAGACUGUCGAGUUUUUUCUUCUAACAUGCAUUGAUUCAUGAGACUGGAUUUACUGUGGGUUUCGCUACAAUACAGCAAUAUGUUGACAAGGUAAUGAGUGUUCUUAAUGCUUGAGUCUGAGUCCUUUUACUGUUUCUAGGGUUGUAUUAUGUUUGCUGUAGUUUGUGUCUUAGAAAGUGGUUAUAACUACAUUGCUUUAGACUUUUAUUUUGUCUUUUCUGCGUUUCAACAGAUAUUUGUUGCAUUUUUGUUUCUUUCUUUUAAAGAAUACUAGGGUGUAAGAAGAUCUUUUGGAGGAAAGGAUUAGAGUUGCCUUUGAUUAAUUAUAGAGCUUUGUGUUUGAGAUUUCCAUCUUGAUAUUUAAGUAAAAGUAGCUCUUGAAU